GCGCGUAUUUUGCUUCAAACAUUCAUCUCGAUUUCGUUCUUCUUUGAGCUAACACUAGGAUAAUGUCUCAGCCGCAAAGGAUUGUUAAACUAUCGGCAGCGUCGCUUGCUGUGAUCCUCUGCAAGGACGUGGAGAAUGUAAGAGCCAGUGGAGAAAAACACACCGCCACUAGUGCGAGUGGUCAGGACAUUUUCGCGGAUUUUAAAGCGCAGAAUGUGCGGAGUUUUUGGAAUAAGAGACUGGUAAAUGCCGUGACUGAAGUUCACUUUCAGGGAUGGAUGGAGAAUUUGGUGUUGUUCGUUGAAGGGAAUGCAAAUAAUUUGGAGGUGCUGAGGGAGGCAUGGAUGCGCAGGGCACUGAGGUCACCCAGAGGGUUUGUCAUCAAAGCAGUGGGUGAUGUGUCCCCAGUGCAGAUGGCCCCCAUUGCUCAGUCGCAGUUCAUCCCACUGUCCGAGGUCCUGUGCUCGCUGAUAUCGGACAUGAAUACUGACCAUAUCACUGUAAAUCAGGAGGCGCUGAUCACACAUAUGAUGAAGGCUCAUCCAGGAAUGACUGUCCCCACUCAAGACAUCCUGUACAAUGCUCUGGGCGCCUUGAUAAAGGAGAGAAAAAUCUAUCAUACUGGAGAGGGCUACUUCAUUGUCACGCCCCAAACGUACUUCAUCACUAACAACACAGUGAAAGAGAAGAACUGGUGGAGCACGGGGGAAAACGAGCUUCCCUCCCCACCCCCCAUUACCUACUUAGUGAGCAACGAAAAUUGUUUGGAUGCUACCGGCGCGCCCCCCUCACUGGCUCAUUGUAAGUCCUGUAGAUGUUUCACGGCUGUCUCCACUGUUCCACCGUCAGUCCAAGACCAUGUCUCUGCUGUCAGCGACUGCACCGGCAAGAGCCUCAAGUGGCCCAAAGAACACAAGCCAUCUGUCCAGCACCAGUCCACCUCUACGGCUGCUGACUGCCAGGCCAGUGAAAUCAGCAAAUCCACAGCAACAAGUCGUAAGGACAAGGACAAAGAAAAAGUUGGCCGCAAGUUUGGCCUUAGCUUGUUCCGGCGAAGCACUGCUAAGAAGGAGACAAAACUGAAGAAGGAAUAUGCGACUUUCUCUGGACAGUUCCCGCCCGAGGAGUGGCCAGUGAGAGAUGAGAAUGACCUCAACAACCUUCCCAGGGACCUGGAGCAUGCCAUCAUCAAGCGGAUCAACCCCGAACUGACGGUGGACAACCUGGUGCGACACACUGCGCUUAUGAUGAAGCUGGAGGAGAGAGAUGUUGAGCGAGCUGUGGACAAAGGCAUGUCUACUGAAAUGCUGGUCUCCAAACCAAGGAACCAUUCUUCCAAGGUGGCCGGCAAAAGGACUGCAUUAAAGAACACUCGUAGUAAGAGAAGAGGCCAUUCUUCAAAAGAGAAACACAGACCAAAGCCUAAGGCUCCUCAUUGUGGUGAUGAUAUGGAGGAGCAUGAUCUCACGCCCUCUCGUCUCAAAUCAGACCUCCAGACAGAGGAACCAGAGAAUCAAAAUGAUUCUGCUGUUUUGAAUGCGAAAAGUCUCUACAAGAAACGCAUUGACAACCCUUUUCAGGGUAUAUCCAAUAAGGACACACUGCAGACCUCAAGCAACAAAGAACAGAGGAGAAGAGAGGGCAAAACUCAAACAUCUGGAAAGAAAGAUCGUUCCAGUCACAGGUCUAAGUCAUGGGAUCCCCAUCACACAAAAGGGACAGCUGAAGAGCCUGAUAAGACCAUUGUUACAAUGGAAGGAUCCUGUGAACGCCUGCACAAGAGAGAACUAGCUGUAGGCACAUUGCUUGAUGCUAACCCUGUGAAAGAGCAUUUAGGAGAUUAUAGCUCUAGCUAUCCAGAGAGUAGCACUUUAAGGAUAGAAGACAAAGUAAAGCAUCUGAAGGAAAAUAAUGCCAGAGGGAGUGAUUUCAGACAAGACAAGGAUGCAAAACAUAGAACACUUGAUGUUGACUCCAGCCAUGAGACUGACCAAAGACAUCUAAAAUGUCAUGGCAAUAUGACAGACCAUCGUCCCCUUGUCCGGGAAACAACAGAUAUACCCCUCUCAUGGCCUAAACCCUCUGUUCGGCGCAGGAUAUCCCUGAGACAGAUGGACGUGAAGGAGGAUUCAAGCCACCGACCAGAUCUUUUAGCUUCUCACCAGCAAACUGGUAACAUAUUGGGGAGCCAGCAGUUGGUCAACAGCAGUGGGCAACAUAGGGGCUCUGGUAUAAUAGAGAGUGAUGUUUACACAGACGAUGACCAUCACCUAUACAUGAAGUCAGAUGUGACAGAUGAAGAUGCCUGUAGCUCUCUCUGUUUGAAUGAAGAGUGCACCCUUGACAGCAGUGAAGCCAUGCAUCCCAACAUGAUUCAAUACUGUAAACCCCAGUUUGGUAGCGGUAACUGGAUUAGCAGCUUGGAUGCUUCCAGUUUUUACAAAGAGCCCCUGAGAGUUAUCCUCAGACAGGAAGACAGUGGCUGGAAUGAGCCCAAUGAUCAGCCCCUCCAAAGUGAAUCAUCCAUCUCACUGAGGGAAACCAUCCUUAGAGAUGGGUCUCCACAUCGAGAUGAACAUUUGCACAAAAUCAAUAGGAUGGAAAAGGAGCUCACUGACGCCAUUGACAGCAGCAUAUUUGAUUACUGCCAGACAAGUGAAAUGGACUCAGAUGCAGAGACACUGCAGAAGUCAUUAGAUGAGAGAGAGAACGUCUCUGCUCACCAGGGCAGUGAGUCACAGCAGGAGAACUGCCACCAGAACUUGUUUGACACACAAGAGCCAGGGAUCCCUCUUAGCUCCAGCGAGAGCCACAGCAGUCCCAAUGGGGCUCAUUCAGGGGAGACAACAGAGAGUCAGAGCAACACAGGGGACAGUGGGAUCGAUUCCCCCAGAGCUCGAAUGAGCAUGACCUCCAGCAACUCUGCCAUACUUGAUGGAUUUAAACGUCGCGGUUUCCUACAGAAUCUUGAGAGGCUUCACUCCAAGAGCAAUGGCAUUCACCCCCAGAGUUCUCUUCUACAACUCACCCCUGUCAUGAAUGUGUGAAAUGGCUGAGCACAUUGCUUGGAUCUACUGCUGUACAAAUUGUGAAUAAAGGUUGAAUUACAUUUAUCUGUACAUAUAAAACAAAAAAUGUUUUCUGUUAUCAAGUAGGCUAAUUAUGUUAAUUAUAGUGUAAUAAUUAAUAAGUAAUAUUAGUGACAAGAUUGGCUACUGUUCAAAGCCAUAUGAGGGACCAUCUGUUUUAAUAGACCUAUUCAGAAUUGUUUAUACGGUUUAACAUUUUACUUGUAUCACAUGUGCUGACUUUGAAGAAAUUCAAAUAAAAAUCACUUAAUGA